AUGGGGUCUCAACAGAUCGAAGAGAUUGACGUAUUACUCGUUGGCGCAGGGUUUGCCUCUUUUACUUUAUUGAACCGUCUCCGCAAACUGGGCUUCUCCGUUCGUAUCUUCGAGAAGGGAUCUUCCAGCGGCGGCAUCUGGUAUUGGAAUUGCUAUCCCGGUGCGCGCGUCGACACUGACUCCCCCAUCUAUCAACUCUUCGACAAAGAACUGUGGGAAGACUUCACAUUCAAGGAACGCUAUCCCGGCUGGCAAGAACUGCGUCGCUAUUUCGAUCAUGUCGAAAAGAAGUGGCAUAUCAGGGACUAUACCUCGUUCAACAAGCACGUCGACAGUGCAGUCUUCGAUGAGCAGCGCCAGCAAUGGCUGGUUGAAUGCGCCGAUGGAACAGAGAUCUACGCCAACUGGUUUCUCCCUUGCAUCGGCUUCGCGAGCAGACGGUAUACACCGCCAUUUCCCGGUCUAGGAAACUUCAAGGGGGACAUCUACCACACCGCGGUCUGGCCGCAACACGGGGUGAAUCUGAAAGGCAAACGUGUCGCCGAGGUCGGCACAGGCGCCUCAGGGAUCCAGGUCAUCCAAGAGAUCGGGGACAAGGUGAAAGAAUUGACCGUCUACCUCCGCACGCCGAACAUGUGUCUGCCUAUGAACCAACGCCUGUUAGAUCCCAAGGAGGAGGAAGAGAAGAAGAAGAACGGCACUUACGAAAGGGAAAUCGAAAAGACUCGUCACACGUUCGCCGGUUUCACCUAUGACUUUGUGCAAAGAAACACUUUUGACGACACACCGGAAGAACGAGAGAAGCUCUAUCACAAGCUGAUGGUUGAGGAAGGAGGAUUCAUGUUCUGGCUGGCCACAUACAAGGACAUGUUGUUCGACCUCAAAGCCAACGAGGAAGCCUACAAGUUCUGGCGGAAACAAGUGUUGAAACGGCUCAAGGAUCCCAAGAAACAAGAACUCUUGGCUCCCGAAACUCCUCCCCAUCCAUGGGGCACGAAGCGGCCUUCGCUGGAACAGAGAUUCUACGAAGUGGUAGACCAGCCACACGUGAAGAUCAUCGACGUGAACAAGUCUCCCAUCGAGGAAGUCACGGCGACCGGUCUCCGGACUAAAGACGGCCAUGUCGAAGUGGACGUCAUCAUCUUGGCCACUGGAUUUGACUCCGUGACGGGUUCUCUCGCGCAGCUCAACAUCCAAGGUACCGACGGCGGCACCAUCGCAGACCACUGGAAAGAUGGCACAAGGACAGCCAUGGGGAUCGCCAUGCCGAAUUUCCCCAACAUGUUCUUCCUGUAUGGACCGCAGGCGCCCACCGCGUUCAGCUCCGGGCCGAGCUGCACCCAGUUCCAGGCCGAAUGGGUCGAAAAGACGUUCAAGAUGAUCAAGGAAAAAGGUAUCACGCGACUCGAGGCCACGCAGGAAAGCGAAGACGAUUGGUGCAAGAGACUGCGAGCGGAAUGGGACGCCUCGCUGUUCCCGCUAGCAAAGAGCUGGUAUCAAGGUGCCAAUAUCCCGGGCCGGAAGGUCGAGCCUUUGAACUGGUCUGGUGGCAUGGUCAAGUAUGUGGAGACUCUUAAUCGCAGUCUCGAGAAUGACAUGCAAGGCUGGACAUAUGCUACUGCCGAUGCAUGA